AUGAUGAUGCGGCGAGGUACGCUAUUUUUCAUUGCGUGCACGACUGCCACCUUUGGGUUUGUGCCACACUUGAAGCUAGCAGCCUCAAAAAUCAGGCUGCUUGCUGCGGACGGCGGAGAUGCGCCCGCGGUGGAGGCGCCGCAAGCGAAAGCUGUCGAGGCCGAGGCACCAAAGGUGGCGCCGAGCCCGGCGGAAGAUCCGUUUGAUCAGCCGAAAGCCGAGGCGAAGGCGGCGCCCGCCGCCGCCGCCGCCGACAAGCCCAAGCCGGUGCCCAAGAAGGCGCCUCCCGCGGCGAAGGCCGAGGCCGGCGACGCGCCGGCGAAGAAGCCAGUGCCCAAGAAGGCGCCCCUCAAGGCCAAGGAAGGAGGGGACGCCCCGGCGGCCAUGAAGCCGCCCGCGGCCGCCGGCGACGCGCCGGCGAAGAAGGCGAUACCGAAAAAGGCGCCGCCCCCCAAAAAGGAGGAGAAGCAUCCCUACUACGCCUGGGCCAACGCGCCCGAGGCGGGCUACAACACGAAGGGACCGAGCGCGUACUACAAGGAGAAGUCGCAGUACGACCUGGGCUGGUUCGGGAAAUACGACGACGCCAAGACAGAGGCCGAGCGGUCGGAGAAGUUCCUCGCGCGCCACGACGGCGUCGGCGGCGAGUCGUACCAGACGCGGACGAAGGAGCGCGUCUACGCGGAGAUCGCCGCGCUGAAGGAGGAGCGGACGGCGCGCGCGCGGCGGGCGCGCGAGCGGCGCGGGUGGUGA